AUGAACUAUGAAUCCAAAAUCACUGACUUAACUCAAUCAUUACAAAUUAUGGAAGACAAAACUAAAGAAAUGAGUGAAGAAUAUACCAAGAAAGAACAAGAAAUGAGUAAAGAAUUUAACCAAACGAUAACAAAACUAAAAGAUAAAAUCAGUCAAUUACAAGAAAAGAUUAUUCUCUUAAAUGAACAAAAAGAGAAACUUUUAGCAGACGUUGGUAGUGCAAAAACAAGGGGUGAAACCAAAGAAGUAGAGUUACAAGACCAAAUCAGUAUUUUAGAAAACAGUGAUAAAGAAAAACACGCCCCAAUACAACAACAAAAUAAACCAAAACAAGAAGCGAUAACAAAUGAAACAAAUAAAAACACUCCCGAAAAAACUAAAGAAUUAGAAAAAAUAAUAAAUGAGAAAAGAUCUAAUGAAGCUAUGAAAAUUAUAGAAAAGCUGGGUGGUAUUAAAGCACUUGCCAAAAAUACAAACCUAAACAAUAUGUCUUGGUCUUACAAUCCACAAGAGGAUGGACUUUUUGAAGUAAUUACUUUUUGUGAUGAUAAAAGUUGCUCUUUUACUGUAGUUUAUAACUCACAAGAAAUGAAUAAAGAAGAAACCCAGCCAUAUUGCCAGAUCACUAAUAAUCAUUUAGAUGUUUUUUAUUUAUCGCCAGGAACUUAUGAAAUCUUUGCAUAUAAUGAUCAAUCGUUAGAGAAUAUUGGGUAUUUAAAAAUAACAAUUAACUAA